GUAUCAUUAUUGUUCCCUCAAGACCUUUCCUCCCCUUCUUCUUCACCUGCUAAACCCCUCCCUCUCACGUAGCAACACUGCCAACAACUAUCCAGGUGCCACCUUGAUCCCUUCGCAAUCAACACUGGAGCAUACCCUUCGCAAUCAACACUGGAGUAUUUUUUUCCUAAAAGUUCGGAUCCCCGUUUCUCUGCUGGCCCAAGUAAUCCGUAUAUUAGGGCUUCAUUCAGUUCUUAUUAAGCAGUUAGCUGAAGAAAGGCAGGUAGAGGAUUGAGAAAGAAGAAAGGGGGAAAAUAUUUAACAGAGGACUCAAAUGAAAGAGACCAGCAGUGAGAACAAAGAAAUGACACCACAAGGUGCGAAGGACAGUCUUUUGGUACUGGAGUCCUUCUGAUUCCUUUCUGCAGCUUCCUAACACGAAGAGGAGUAGAGGAAUAUCUGAACCUUCAAGGGACCCAAAGCAGUUGUCCCUAAUGGCUUAUGCUGCCAUCUCAGUUACUAAGGGGCUUAACCUAUAGGUACCAAUGGCUUCAAAGCUGAUCCAAACAGAAGGCCAUGAAGCUGAGAACCCCAUUGGAGUCUGUCUACGAGAAGCCUUUGGCCUUAUUGAAUCUCAGCUAAGACCCCCAUUCCCACUCACAAUUCCAUCUCCACCGGAGUACGUAAACCUUAAUCGGGCAAUCCUUUACGGAAUUUUAUGUGAACCCCAUCUGGCCAAAGUUCAUAUUAAGCACUUACAUGGGAAAAUAACAGACGGUUAUGGUUUCUUCACCAAUAUGCUUACAAAGGUAGUUAAUGAUUUGUACCCAAAACUUGUAUAUACAGCAAAGGUUCAGUUGAUUUGGGUUACUAGUGAAAUGGUUUCUGUUUCAGCUAUAGGGAUCGAUGGCUUGUUGGUGGCCCUGCUGAGGCAAAUUGUUUCUGGAGAUUUUACUGAAGGAAAUUUGUGGUUGUGUUCAGAGUUGGUCGGUCUUUUUUUAGCUAAAUGGGAUUGCUUAUUAGAAGAAGAACCAAUAGUCUUAACAAGUGCUCUUUAUACAUUUCUUCGGUUAUUGGCCGAUCAUUAUAGGUUAUCAAGUAAUUCAAAAUUGGACAUCUUGAAGCAACUUGAGAUCAAGUUUUGUAUCCGAAUGUUUAGGGAGCAAUUCCAUCUGUGUUUCAAGAUAGGAAGAGAUCUUGUUCGCCUUUUACAAGAGUUGGUUCAUAUACCUGAGUUUCGAGCAAUAUGGAAGGAUUUGCUGUUCAAUCCUGGUGAAUUCAAGACUAGUGACUACCGUGACAUUUCACAGCUUUACCUAUCAAGGACUUCAAGUUGGUACCUUUUGCUCCGCAUCACUCCAGAAAUGGAAACCCAAUUGCGAUUUUUGCUUACACAUGUGAAUUUAGGGAGUCAAAAGAGGUACCAAGCUUGGUUUGGUAGGAAGUUUCUUAGCUUUCCAGAGAGAGAGACUCUUGUUGUUGACAUUGUUCGAUUUAUUUGUUGUUCGCACCAUCCACCCAAUGAGAUUAUCCAAUCAGCUGUUAUCCCUAGAUGGGCUGUUAUAGGAUGGCUAUUGAAAUCUUGCGGGAGGAAUUAUGUUCAAGCCAAUGCUAAGCUGGCCCUGUUUUAUGAUUGGCUGUUCUUUGAUGAAAGAUUGGACAACGUUAUGAAUAUUGAGCCUGCAAUCUUACUUAUUGUACACUCAAUUCCAAAAUACAUUGACGUGACUCACACUCUUCUUGAGUUCUUGUUCCUUCUUAUGGAGAACUAUGAUGUUGGGAGGAAGGAUAUAAUUAAUCAUGGGGUCUUAUCAGCCUUCUGUAUGCUUGUUAGAAAAGGAGUGCUUCACUCACUUGAUAUUUUGGUUAAUUGUGAUGCAAUUUCCCCCUUUCUUAAACAGAGGCUUGUAGAGUUGUUUUCUGGUAUGAAUGCAAUUGUUUCCAAGGAAUUGCAGCCAGUCAUAAAGGGAUGCUCUUUGGAUUUGCUAAAAGCAUCCAGUGUGGAAGUACAAAACACAGUUGCAGGGAACACACAUGAGCAAUGAAGUAGUGGUCACAUAAUGGUGCUACUCUAUAUUCAAACGAGCCAGGCACUGCUUCUCGUCUGUUGCACAAGACUAGCAAAAUUCAGGUUGAUCCUCAGGAGAAUUUGGUUUGCUGCAGAUGUUAGGUACUUUUUUUGUUCCCCUUAUUAAUUGGUUAUCUGGAGCAUUUUAUCGGCCCAUGAUAAUUUUGGAAGUUUUUUUUUUUGUUCUGCAUGGAUUGUGUUGACUAGCAGUUCUGUGAUCAUGAACUUAUAUGACAUUCAGACCAACAAUUCUGAGACACCUCAGUUGCCUAAAUUGGUUCUUCUGCUUUGGCUCGUUAAAUAAGCUCUUACCUCAGCAAUAUCAAAUUGCUCACUGUGGGUGAGUUUUGGUUCUCUACUGUAUUGAUUGGACAUUGUAGAAUGUGAAACCCUCAACUCCAGAAAUUUCAUUUGGCCGACUGGCUUCCUUUUUAAUGUUUGCUCCCAGAAGGCUUUGCUUAGCCUGCCAAACAACAUAGGUUACCACUAUGACUUACCACUCUCUCUCUCUUCUUGUCCGGUAUCUACAAUUAGUUGUUCAAUGCAUUUUUGUUCAACCAUUUCAACUGAAAUGCGUCUGUAACAAUGUUGUUUGGCUAUGCUAGGUUUGAUUCCAAUUUGAAAAAGUUUAGAGGACUCCUCUUAAAUCUGUCACUACGCUGGGACGUUCCGAGUCCAAGAUUGAGGCCAUUGAUGGCUGUCAAUGCACGGAGAGGAUUUUGGACUGUCUUAGACAUCAUCUCUUCUCCUGGAGAUUGAAAUGUGGUUUCCGUGUUCAGCUGAAGAGAUGGCAGACAGCCCAACAAGGAUCCAUGUUAUGUGUGACAGUUAUCGAUCACAUUGUUUUGUUAUUCGGAGUACACUGCAAGAUACCUUGAAACUGGAUAGCAUAUUUUGGCUAUGUGGAUUAUCAAUAUGAAAAUUAGGUUUCUUGUGAUUCUAACUUGUCGAAUGUUUAAAGGGUACGUUAGAUGAGGUAAUGGUGAUUUUAGUUUUCAAGCUUUUGUUCAGGAGAAAGUGAGCGCUAAAUAUUUGAAUCAAGGUACCAAGAUGUGGUUGAAUCUUGUAAUAAGGGAUGCUGAUCGAUGGAAAUUUGGCAGUGAUGUGAGCCACAAAUAAUGGUAUAGAAGCAAUGUACAGUGACCAUGAAUUGUAAUUCUCAUAAUUUCUAUUACUGGAAAGGUAAAAAUAAGACAAGUGAUUUCUCAUAA